AUGUCCAUCACUCCUCUGAGCGCCCUCCGAGUGUCGACACAUCAAAUACCAGCCUAUAAGGGCAUCCCGAACACUUCCAUACAAGGAAAACCUCUCAUGAUUUAUCACUCUGUUUUCACCAAACCAAGCGCGUCGACUAUCGAGUCCCACCUCAAUUCGGUCGGCGUUGUAUGUCCAGCAUGGAGAUACACCAUGUACAGCGAAACGCAUUUUCAUUCCAAUACGCAUGAAGUCCUGAGCAUUGCAUCCGGGUCCGCCAAAUGCUGUUUCGGUGGCGAACAAAAUAACGGCCGCGUAGAGCCAGUCCUGCAAAAAGGGGACGUGGUCAUUGUCCCGGCAGGGGUUGGACAUCGCUUGCUCGAGGACUAUGGAGGUUUCCAGAUGGUUGGCUCUUACCCACCAGGUAAGAGUUGGGACAUGUGCUAUGGUCGUGCGGGAGAAGAAUCAAAAGUCAAGGCAAUUGCGGACUUGGGUUGGUUCAAGCGGGAUCCCAUAUACGGGGAUGAUGGUCCAAGUUUGCACAAGUAG